CGGAUUGGAGCUGAAAUUUCACAUAAAAUAUCAAUACAUUGAAUUGGAGCUUAUCAUUGAAAUACAUUUGAAAAGGUUCAAAGCUUCUUCCGGAACAUCAAAAUGGCCCUGGAAGGAGGCAAAGACGGAAACAUUCCGAAUGAGGUACUGGAAGGUGACUCGAAAAACGCCUCAAUCGAUGCAACCAGCAAAUCAUCAGCAGCCGGUUCAAGAGUGGAGAAAAUUGUCGCUGAAAAUGGUGGGACAUUCACUGAGACCCCUCCCACUGAAUCAGGGCAAGAUAAUACUGGAUCUGAGCGAGAAAAUGAAAAUUCUAGAAAGGAUGACACGGAAGAAUCCGACUACGACGACGACGAAAAUAACGAUGGUACUGACGACGAUACAAGCAAUGGAUGCUUUACAAGAGGAAAUGAGGAGAGCGAUUUCGAUGUCGGUUUGCCGACUACGAAUUCUGAUUCUAAGGGAUAUAAUGGAAAAGGCGAUUCGUCAAUAUUUGUUGGAAACGCACCGAUUGGAAUAAAAGUUGAAAAAAUCAAAUCCCACUUCAGUAAGUAUGGGAAAAUAAAAAAGUGUACUGUUAUUAAAGAUAAACAUCGGAAUAACAAAUUCAACCGCACCUAUCCACCGAAAAAUAUUUCGGCCAUCAUUUACAUUGAUUUUACUACGGAAGAAUCGGCUAGGAAUGCAUGCGAAGAAAACCAAAAGAUGUUCGAAAGCAAACGGCUGCGUGUUAGUUUGGCACGGGAACGAAAACCAAUCAACAAGGAAGCCACACUGUUCGUUGGUAAUCUCAAGUACACGACCACUGAGGAACAACUGUACGAUGCAUUCAUUCAGUACGGAGAAAUCGACAUGGUCCGAAUUAUUGCGGGUAAAGGUUUCGGGUUUGUCCAUUUCGCAAACACCAACUCGGUGGACAAGGCGGUUGAAAAGAACAAAAGCCAAUUCAACGGUCGAGAAAUCCAUGUUGAAAAAUCAAGACCCGCUAUCAAAAAAGAAAUGAUUGAGCCGAACUCCGGACAUACCCAACGGAUAAACGAUAGCUCCUAUAUAAUCAAAAAGCAACAAGCUCCAGGAGGUUAUCUUAACUUCCGACGGAAUCAAACCAGAAACCAGUUGGCACUUGAACUCCUCGAACGGGUGAUCAAUGUACAAUGCAAGCGACCAAAAAGUGGCAUCAAAUUUUGAAAAAUUUUCGACAACUAACGAAAGCAUUGCAACAACACGAAUAAGUACUAUAUUUCUCUAUCUACAAGUUUAUAACUUCGCUAACUGAGGCAAACAGCGAUUGCUUAUCGUGCUUUGUACAUCCAUAAGAACCAUUGAAAUUAUGAUACCAAAAUAUUAAAGGGUUAAUCGAAACCCUGAAAUUAGCAUUUCUCAGCAUUACGUAUGGAAUAAUUUUCUGAAACACUUAAAUAAUCUGUGAAUAGUCACACAGAUGUAUUCUUAGCAAUAUCUUUUAUGUUUUAUUUUACUAGGACAAAUAAAUAUCUUAUUCAGCGUU